AUGUACUCCCUCACUGUUCUCACUGCCAUCGUUGCGGCCCUCUCUGGUGCUAAUGCCAUUCCCCUGAGCUGCGACACCACCCCCAUCACCCCCCUCGACCCCUCCUGCACCGUCCACGAGAUCCCUGGCACAGCCAUCUGCGGUGCUAAGGGCAACAAGGGCAACAAGAACCUUGGUUGGUACACUGGCAACAAGCUCUGGUCCAACGUCGACGCCUGUAUCAAGGCCUGCGUCGCAGAUCACCCCAAGUGCAAGUCCAUUAGCUGGGACCCUAAGCAGAAGAUCUGUGGCAUGUACACCCACACCGUCGAGUCCUUCAAGCUCGAGGGAGUUUCGGAUGUUACCUACUACGACACGGCCUGUGGCUUUGCCGAGUCUGUCGACGCCGUCUGCGGCCGCACCGGCGUUGUCGGCGCUGAUGAUCUGCAGCCUUACGGAAACAAGGUCGUUGAGGACGACGACACUUGUCUUGCCUUCUGCAAGAGCGACAGCAACUGCAAGGCUGUCCGGUUCAACACUAACGGAAAGCGGUGCUACAAGUAUGCCCAGCCCGUCAAUGCUAUUGGUGUCAAGUUCAAGCCGGACGUCCGCAACGUCUUUUACGACAUCCGUUGCGUCGAGUGUCCCACCGUUGUUGUGGAGUAUUAG